UAAUUUGUACUUUUUGAAAAAGUAAUUUCGCCAAAAAUAGCUUAUUAUUUAGAAGACUUGGCAGUUGGCAAUGCAAUGAUGGCAAUUUUGGAAUUAACUGAUUGUGACUAAUUUGACUUUGAAUCCAGUGAACUUCAACCUAAAAAUAAAAGUGACAGAUAAAGUGUUGGAAAUCAAAUGUUUUGAAAAGUCAGUAGAAAAAUAGUAACAAAUAUUAAACAAAUUUAAUAUUGUUAAAAUUUGAACAAUGACUCGAGAUGAUAAAUUAUUUUUCCACAAAACUGUUCAGCACCUGGCACGAUCUCUGGGAAAUAUAAAAAAUACACCAUGGGAGAAGGUUCAAACUCUGUACUCUCUAUGUCCUUCAGAUGUACAGAAUGGUACACUACUAAUAAAUUGUCGACAACAAGACGCUGUUAUUGCUUUGGGAAUAUAUUUCUUGGAAUCUGGGUUACAACAUAAAGAGAAAAUUUUACCUUACUUAUUACGUUUAGCAAAGUUACUAGAAAAAGCUCAUUGGCAGGAUGAAAUAAAAUUUAAUCCUACAGAUCGUAUUCCUACAGCAGAGAAAUUUAGUUUCUGCCUGCACACUCUUCUUAGUGAUAUUGGAGUACGAUGUGAAGAUUCUAGAAGAGAAAUUAUCAAUACUCAAGUAGAAUGCAUGAUAUCAUUAACCGGUCAGGUUUUAAAAAUGCAAGAUCCAAACAACAGAAACAGUGCUGCAAAAUUAUUUCUGUGUAAAACUACAUUACCUGUACUUAUAGGUUUAGCUAGGGCAAUGGGUAGAUUUUGUUCAAGUGAUCCACCUUUAAUUUGUAGAUUAUUCCCAAAACCAGAGCCCCCCCUCAGCCAAGCAGCUGCAAAUGAUCAAAAUGCUUACAAAAGAAGCUUUAGUAGUUUCAGAAAUAUUAUUCCCAGGAGUUUAUCUGGAAACUUGCAUGCAGCCAUAGAUAUCUUGGCCGUCACAGCGGGAGGAUAUGACACGACGGAUAUAGCGUAUAACUCCAAUUCACUAAAAAGGGGUAUUUCGAUUUAUUACAAUGCAGGGGGUUAUGUUCCAAAGACACAUUUUUUUUCAAAGUUUGGUUCAAGUUUCAACCAAUUUCCUCACUUAAGAAUUAACGAUCCAAAUGAUAAAAAACCUCAAAUAAUAUUUCCUCAAAAGCAUUUACAUGUUAUAUUGACUUUAAGUAAGAAACUGUUGACGAAAGAAAUGCUUAAUCUCUUAGACGAGCAAUCAGUUGAGAUUUAUUCCACAGGCAAGAUUCUAAUUUUUCCCUAUAAAAGUUUCUCUGAAACUAUAAAUCUGGUGAUGGUCACGUUGAUGAGGGAGUUACUACAACCUCAGAAAAACCUACCAGUGCCAUUUACAAAGGAUGUCCAAGAAUUUGUAAAAGGCUUAUAUCUAAAUGGACAAACUGAAUUACAAAGUAGGAAUCAUGAUGCUAGUGAAAAAGAAGACAGAGAGAGUAAUUUUGCAUUGGUAAAUAAAUUUAAAGUUAAUGUUAUGGCAAACGCAGCAUGUGUUGAUCUUCUAGUUUGGGCUAUUGGAGAUGAAACUGUUGAUUCAGAGUAUAACUUUUCAACACUGGUUCACUUUUUAAUAAUUGUGAUAGGUGCUGAUAGUUUGUGUGGCAGACUGACGGAGAAAAUCAAUUCUAAUCAUGGAUACAAAUUGGUGUUGGCACAUAUGCCACUGUUGAUGGUUUGUUUGGAAGGUUUAGGAAAACUAGCUCAGAAAUUUCCUAACAUUGCUUCCACAUCUAUUUAUUGCUUAAGAGAUUUUCUGAUCACUCCCUCCCCUAUUUUAUCGAAAUUACAUCGACAAGCGAACGACAAAGGAAAUAAGGAGAACAUAAAAAUUACAGCCUAUGGGAAUGAACUUAAGGCAGAACCGAAAAAGAAUGUCUCACCUAUCCAGUCAGCCUUCGAGAAAUUAAGAGACGCAGCUAUAGAGAACCUCUGCCAUGCUUUAGGAGCUGCACACGCCUUAGAUCCUGAUUGUGUUAGAGCUCUUGUGGCCUCUGUAUCAAAUCGACUCUUUACCGCAGAGAAAAGUGAUAGCGAAUCAACUUUAAUUUCUACUAACAUCGUCAUAAUGUUGGGUCACGUGGCAGUCUCCAUGAAGGGGACUCCUAAAACUACAGAUACCAUUCUUCAGUUCUUUCAGCAGAGAUUUUGCAGAGUGCCCUCUGCUUUGGAUACACUUAUAGUUGAUCAGCUGGGUUGUAUGAUUAUAGCACAGUGCGAGCCACACGUUUACGAAGUUGUCAUGAAAAUGUUUACGAUGAUUACCGUUGAAAGUGGCAGUGCCGCUUACGGUAAUGCUGCCAAUGAUAAAACGCAGUACAGACAUGUCUCAAGAGCCGUCAUCAAUGCAUUAGCUAAUAUCGCUGAUAACAUCCAAGGAGAACAACAAAUGAACGAACUAUUAGGACGAUUGUUAGAGCUAUUUGUACAGUUAGGGCUUGAAGGGAAAAGAGCUAGCGAUAAAUCACCGGGUGCAUUAAAGGCCUCCAGCUCAGCUGGGAAUCUUGGUGUUUUAAUCCCAGUUAUUGCUGUCUUACUAAGACGAUUGCCUCCAAUAAAAAAUCCAAAACCUCGUAUCCAUAAAUUAUUCAGGGAUUUCUGGUUGUAUUGUGUCAUUAUGGGAUUCACGGCCUCGACUUCUGGUUUAUGGCCGCAGGAGUGGUACGAAGGCGUAAAGGAAAUUGCCGUUAAAUCUCCUGCGUUAGUAUCUCCCACAUCCAGCAGAUCAGAGAUGAGAGAACUCCAAUAUACGAGCGCGGUAAGGAAUGAAAGCGUAUCAGUUAACGAACUUCAGGAAUUAAGAACACAAAUUUUGGAUUUGCUUAAACAUCCAGCCGAUAUUACAGCCUACGUUAAUAAGUUGUCCUUUGCACAAUGUACUUUUCUGUUGAGUGUGUAUUGGGUCGAAACGUUAAGAGUGGAACACUCCGGAGAACCAAGCCUAGUUCCAAUAAUCUCAGAUUACCUGAGCGACUCGGCCUUGCAAAAAGACAAAGCCGGCAUGUGGAACUGCGUUUCUUCUGUCAGCGAAAGGGUUUUCGAGAAAUUCUUAGAAGUUAUGAAAAAUAAGCCCAAAGAUGAGGCUAGAGAAGCGGAUUUAGAGGAACACGCACAAUUCUUACUAGUUAAUUUCAAUCAUCAUCACAAGCAAAUCAGGAGGGUGUCCGAUAAGUUUCUUGUAAGCUUGGUGGACAAGUUUCCACAUUUAUUAUGGAGUCGCAGGGUUUUAUGGACAAUGCUGGAUAUUUUACAAGUUCUCUCUUACUCCCUCCAAAUAGACCCAAACCAUGAAACACCUACUUUAAGAAUUCCUCAAACACCUUAUACCAUCCAACUGAUGGAUACACUAGAAGCUAGAGAGACCACUAUUAAAGAUUUCGCUGCAAACUCGGAACGUCUCAUAAAAGAAGCUAUGAAGUGGGCACCACAGUGGACUUGCUCUCAUAUCUUAGAGUAUAUUAAUCAAAUACCAACUUCAAACAUGUGGUAUCAUUCAGGUCUAUCGAUGGGUGUGGAGUCCGUUUUACAAUGGGGUCCAUUAAAUAUUCACAGUGCUCCACUAAGCAUUAGUACAUUGGAGAAAAGACCGAAAUGUGUCAAAAGCGAUUCAUCUAAAGUUAUGUCGACUUUAUCUAUGAGGUCCAAAUACAUAGGAGUUGUGGUAGGUAUACGGAAUGUAAUUGGUUCAGACGAAAAAGACACUCUAGCGGAUGUUAUUCUUAAACGAGUAUGGGGUGCUUGUAAAGAGAAAUCAGAUUCCUUACACAGAGAUGCGCUUUGGCAAGCUACAGCACUGUUGAUUUCCACAUCGGAUUUAAACAGGAAUCUUCUUCACUGCAUCGCUUGGUCUCAGGUGGAAUUAUUUACUGUGGAAGCAAUGAGAACUGCCGUGGAGUGCUGGCAGUGGUUGAUAACCUCAAAACCCGAAUUAGAAAUUAGAUUUUUACAGGAAAUGGUGUCUGCGUGGAAUUGUACUGUGCAAAAGCGUCUUGGCCUUUUUUCUGUUACACCACCACAAACCAGUCCUUUAGCUGCCUACGAAGGUUGUAGGUUGGAACCCAACCCCCCUUUUGUUAAGCCGCAUGGCAUUUGGGUUCAAUUUAUCUGUGAUUUAGUAGAAACUACAAAGUAUAGCAGUUACGAAAAGGUGGAAAUGUUAGCAAGUUUAAUUCACCACUCAUUGGCUAUGUGCGUCGGGACAGAACCACCAUGCCAAACUAGGCAUGUUGCUGCGAUAGGAGUACGAUUUAAGUUGUUAACGUGUGGGCUCUCGUUACUGCAAGGAGACAUUUUGCCAAAGAGUCUCGCGAAGAAUGUAUUACGUGAAAGGAUAUAUUGCAGCUGUUUAGAUUACUUUUGCAAACCCGUCACUUGUCCCACUCAAGAUUCCACAGAAUUGCGAGAAGAUAUCACAACUUUAGUCAGAUUUUGGCAAACGCUACAUUCCGAUAAAAAGUACUUGAAAGCUAGUGAUGUGGGAGAUUUAGAUCUAGGUCCAACAGCUCCUUUUUCUUCCAUACCAAAUAACGAGUUGGCAAAACCAGGCGAAUUUAAUAAAUCGACAAGUGGUUGGAUUAACACGGUACCACUGUCAAAUAGUUCAGCUACUUUGAGCAGGAGGUCGGCUAAAUCAAAGAGAAUUCCAAUGGCCGAUAAUUUUGUUAAGUGCUAUUUAAAGAAGAGGAACUUGAUUUUGGAAUUAUUGGCAGUGGAGAUCGAAUUUCUAACGGUAUGGCACAAUCCUACCUCAAGACCAGAGCUGUUGAUACCCGGAGAGAAUAAUACGGCAUCUUGGAGAGCUAAAACAAUUACUGAUAAACAGUGGCAUGAUUACACACGACUUGCAUGGGACAUAUCGCCAGUUUUGGCAAUUUACCUUCCUACCAGAUUUAGGGUAAAUGAGGCUAUUAUUAAUGAAAUAAAAAGUCAGGUCCAGAUAAAUCCAACAUGUGUAUCCCAUGUAUCAGAGGCUUUACAGUAUCUAGCAACAACCGAGGCUAUUUUAAAUGAUAGCCCAAAGUUGGUACAUAUGCUUACGUGGGCGAGAGUAUCUCCUAUUCAAGCCUUAGCUUUCUUCAGUCGCCAAUUUCCGUCCCACCCCAUUUCUGCGCAGUACGCAGUGAGGGUCUUAAGUUCUUACCCCGCAGAUGCUGUUUUGUUCUACAUUCCCCAACUUGUCCAAGCAUUGAGGCAUGAUAAGAUGGGAUACGUCAUCGAAUUCAUAAGAUAUAUUGCGAAAAAGUCACAAAUUGUCGCCCAUCAGUUGAUUUGGAACAUGAAAACAAACAUGUACAUAGAUGAAGAUAUGCAUCAGAAAGAUCUGAUACUCUUUGAACUGUUAGAAUCUCUAACGAAUAGUAUAGUCGGUGACCUAUCAGGGCCGGCUAAGCUAUUUUAUGAACGGGAAUUUGAUUUCUUCGGGAAAAUUACGAAUAUAUCUGGUGAAAUUCGACAUUAUCCUAAAGGUGGUGAGAGAAAGCGGGCAUGUCAGGGGGCUUUAAGCAAAAUAAAGGUACAAUCAGGUUGCUACUUACCCAGCAAUCCUGAAGCGAUGGUGUUGGAUAUCGAUUAUAACAGUGGUAUUCCUAUGCAAAGUGCUGCCAAAGCGCCUUUUUUGGCAAGAUUUAAAGUGGCUAGAUGUGGAAUUAAUGAAUUAGAGAGUAUCGCUAUGGCAGUUUCCGUUAAUCAGACCCGUGAUCAAAGUCUUGGUCCCGAGAUGUGGCAAGCAGCUAUUUUCAAGGUAGGAGACGAUGUGCGACAAGACAUGUUGGCCCUGCAAGUUAUUGGUAUAUUCAAGAAUAUUUUUCAAACUGUUGGUUUAGAUUUAUAUCUAUUUCCUUACCGCGUAGUUGCUACAGCACCAGGGUGCGGGGUGAUUGAAUGUGUACCGAAUGCCAAAUCUCGUGAUCAGUUAGGUAGACAGACCGACAUAGGAAUGUACGAAUAUUUUUUGAAAAAAUAUGGCGAUGAAAGCACUAAAGAGUUCCAAAAUGCGAGGAGAAAUUUUGUCAUGUCGAUGGCUGCUUACAGCGUCAUAGGUUUUCUCUUACAGAUUAAAGAUAGGCACAAUGGCAACAUCAUGUUAGAUACAGAGGGGCACAUUAUUCAUAUUGAUUUCGGGUUUAUGUUCGAGUCUUCACCAGGUGGAAACUUAGGCUUUGAACCGGACAUUAAACUUACAGAUGAAAUGGUUAUGAUAAUGGGGGGUAAAAUGGAAGCAGCUCCGUUUAAAUGGUUUUCGGAUCUGUGCGUACAAGCUUACCUUGCAGUCAGGCCUUAUCAUGAAGCAAUUAUAUCUCUUGUUUCGCUGAUGCUAGACACUGGCCUACCGUGCUUCCGAGGACAGACUAUAAAACUACUCAGGGGGAGGUUCAACCCCUCAAUAACAGAUAAGGAGGCAGCCACCUACAUGUUGCAAAUUAUUAGGAAUAGUUUCCUUAACUUUAGAACUCGUACUUACGAUAUGAUUCAGUAUUAUCAAAAUCAAAUUCCAUAUUAG